AUGGCCAUGGUUGUGGUCUCCCCCUUCGUCCAUUCUCCGUCGCCGCCCCGUGCCGCCCAGUUCCGGCCGGUGGUCGCGGCAACCGCGACCGCGCCCGACCCCAGCUGCCUCGCGACCCCCUUGCCCAAGCGCGGCCUCCCUGCUCCUACUGUUUGCCGUGUUGCUUCGCUGCUUGCUGCUGCCGCAGCCGCCCGCUGCUCUGCACUGCCUGCCACUGCCGCGCCUGCGCGCCGUCACUGCCCCACCUUUCCCUGCGCGCCUGCAACGGUGCCCCACCGCGACCGUCACGUGCAGCCUCGCCCGCAGCCACGCCCGCCAUUGGCCUCUGCGCCGCUGCCUCCGCAACUCGCCCCGUACGGGCGCUCGCUGCCGCCGCUCGCGCGCCCCCGCGCUACCCGCUGCUGCCGCUGCUGUUAUUCUGCAGCUAACUGCUGCGGCUUGCCACUCCUCGACCUGCUCGCCGCCUCGCAGACUGCCCCGAAGCCCGUCCGCGUGGCUCCUCGCCGGCGCCGCCCACAGCCCAACUCUCCACCGCCCCCUGCCGCGCGCCGCGACUGCGUCCUCCGCCCACGCGUCGCGCUGCUCCCUGCCCUGCAGCCCCGCUAG